CAUUUGGGCCAUUUUCCCCACACGGCACAAACUGAACAUGUCGCACAGCAAGACCGCUCUCGUCACCGGUGGGACCCGAGGAAUCGGCUACGGUAUAGCCGAGGAGCUCGCCUCUGUCGGCUACGAUCUUGUUCUAGGCUACCGACAGAACCAAGAACGUGCCCAAGACGCCAAAGCACACCUGGAGGGAACGUACAAGGUGCGCGUGUUUCUGGUUGGAGGCACGACAGAAGAAGAAGCCACAGUGGACGCUUACUUCUCCUGUAUCGACCAGAACUUCGGCGGUAAGCUGAACGCGCUCGUCCACAACGCCGGUGGCUACUGGGGAGGCCAUCCCCCGAGCAAACCUGACGCCAACGGCAGCUGGUUCCAAGGCUGGGAGGCGUACGAAUACUACCAGGGCAUGUACCCCAAAUGUUUCAUCAGGCUCGUGGAAAAGGCGGUCACCCGGAUGGAGGACGAGCGAGGGUACAUCGUCGCCGUGUCUUCUCCUGGGUGCAACAAUAACCAAAGCCCCCACCUCAGCUACGUAAGCCCGGGUAUAUCGAAAGCAAGCGUGGAGUACCUGGUCAGGCACUACGCCAAGCAGCUGGCCCCGAGGCGGAUCACCUGUAACGUCAUCAUCCCUGGGUUCACAAAAACCGAGGCCUGGGGGCCAGUUUUGGAAGAGAGGGGAGCGGAUCAAGUCGAGGGGAUGGUGACUUCUCUCUGCAUGAAGCGGUGGGGAUCACCACGUGAAGUCGGUGGCGUUGUGGCGUUCCUCUGCUCGGAAAAGGCAGCGUUCGUCACGGGAGUAGCUCUACCCGUGGACGGCGGGUUACACCUCAACUGAUCCUAGAAGAAGUUGGACUCUAUAUUAUAUCGUAGCCGGUUCAGUACACGAAUGAAGACCUUUGUUGUACAUAUGUAUCCACUGGGUUAAGUACAAUAAUAGGUCACAACAUAAGAAUGGUUUACAAGUACAGUAUGGGUAUGAUAUCGUCAACUUAGCACGAUUACUAUUGGGUUAGUACGUAAGUGAAUUCGGCUUCUUCUUGCUUCUUUUUGAUGGUGGAAAUAUAACGUUCGGUGCGGCCAUUAAGAAUUUCUAAAUGAGUUUAAAAAGACUCUGAUCAUAAAAAAUGUCAUCAUCUUCAGCAGCCUUGAUACAAGAUGAGAAUUGUAGUUAAGCUCUCUUAGGGACACCGGGCAAAAGUAAUAUAUAACUUAUUUAUCUAGCCAGAGCAAGAGGUCUCACCUAACCCCC